AUGUGCUUGUAUAAAUUUCAUCGCAAACCAUCAUCACCAUCAAAAGAGUUACCUGGUGUAUCCAUUAUCAAACCAUUGACUGGUGUUGAUUGUAAUUUAGCAGAAAAUUUAAAAACAUUUUUUGAACUUGAUUAUCCAACAUACGAACUUUUGUUUUGUGUACAAGAGCCAAAUUCAGAGGCCAUUGAUAUAGUCAAGAGAUUACAACAACAAUAUCCACGUAUUGACUCACAAUUAUUUAUUGGUUCUCAAAGCGAAAAAUUUACGAUUGGCAUCGAAGUUAAAAAUCCUAAAAUAUUUAAUAUGAUUCCCGCUUAUGAUAAAGCAAAACAUCCUUUAUUUCUCAUAUCAGAUAGUGGCUUAAAGAUGCAUGAAACUACGUUAUAUGAUAUGGUGGCAUGUAUGAAUGAAAAUGUUGGUCUUGUUCAUCAAAUGCCAUUUACGUGUGAUAGAAAACGAUUUGCUGCUUCUGUAGAAAAAGUAUAUUUUGGUACUCAACAUGCUCGAAUGUAUAUGACAAUUAACUUAAUUGGUAUCAACUGUGUGACAGGAAUGUCAUGUUUAAUUCGAAAAGAGGCUAUUGAUAAAGUGGGAGGAUUAAGAGCAUUUGGACAUUAUAUUGCUGAAGAUUUUUAUUUAGCAUACGAAGUAGCAAAACAAGGUUGGAAAAUUCGUGUGGCACCAGCACCCGCUCUCCAGAAUAGCGGUGAAUAUAGUAUUCGAACAUGGAUUGAUCGAAUGAUUCGUUGGUAUAAAUUACGAAUGAGACUCUCUCCUUUAGCAUAUCUUGAACCAUUUCAAGAAUGUUUAUCAUCGGCAUUACUAGCUGGCAUAGUGACCAAUUAUUUAUUUGAAUGGAAUUCUCUUGUUGUUACAGCAUGUCAUAUACUUAUUUGGUUUAUGUUAGAUUAUCUAAUGUUAAGAAUUACACAGGGUGGUCCAUUACCAUUUUCCAAAUUUGAAUUUGCCGUUGCAUGGAUGAUGCGUGAGAUAUCAGCAUUUUACAUCUAUUUCAAAGCAUUUACUGAAUCUUCGACAAUAAAGUGGCGUGGAAGAGUAUUCAAAUUAGGUACGGGUACUCGUGCCGAAGAAAUUAAACCAUUAACUCCAUUUCUCAUCCAACAAUCACCAGAUUCUUCUUCAACAACAUCAUCGACUUUAUCUCUGAUUACUAAUUCUAGUUGUAGUACCACAGACGAUUCUAAACUACAAUCACAGCAACUACUAAUCGUUUGA